AUGAAUAUGCAGACAGCAGGGGAUAUCCCCAUGAUUGUUAAAUCAGAGAACUCCGGAUCAGAGCGUCGUAUUACCCCAUCCUGGUCCAUUGGUCAACUGAAAUCCAAACUUGUACCCGUGACCGGUAUCCCUUCGUCAGAUCAAAAACUCACCCUGUGGAUCAACAACCAACAAUCAAUCGAUAUUCAAGCGCUGGAUGAAGAGAAUACACAAUUGACCAACUUCCCACUGGCACCACAUGCCGUUAUUCACUCUACUCAUCUCGCUGAUAUUGCUUUGCGUGGAAUACUAACACCAUUCCCUCCUAAGAAUGAGAAGCUUGGACGAUUCAACCCAGAUGCUCCAAGUCUCCUCGAUGCCAAGCUCGCAGUUUACGACAAUGAGAUUAAAGAGAAAGGUAUUUCAGUAGGAAAGAGAUGUCGAGUUGGAGAAGAUGAUUCCCGAAGAGGUGAAGUGAUGUAUGUAGGUGAUGUUGAAGAGAUUCCUGGUGGAGCAGGAAAAUGGAUUGGGAUUAAAUUAGAUGAACCUGUUGGAAAGAAUGAUGGUAGUUUAGGUGGAAAACGGUAUUGGGGUAAAGAUGGUGAUGGAAAAUUCGGUGUCUUUGUUAGACCUGAAAGAGUUACUGUGGGAGAUUUUCCUGUUUUAGAUGAUUUGGAGGAUAUGGAGGAGAUGUAA